AUUUAGUUUCUAAUAUUUCAGAGAAGAUGAGUCGGGUCUAUGAUGAUCUAAUCCUUCAUAUCACGCCGGAUAAAUUCUUUAUUGAAUCCUUAUCUGAGCAGCAGCUACUGCUGGUGAUUGACAGGAUAAAUCAUGAUAUUAGUCUCCAACCAAACCAGAAACAGAUUCCUCCAGUUGCUUCCAGGAAACCUUUUCAUGGAAUACUUGGAGUUAUCAACCUUAUCUCAGGUCCUUACUUGAUCAUAGUAACGAGGAAGGUUCGCCAGGGAACAGUAUGCGGAGGAGAGGUUUGGAGAAUCCUGGAGACGGAGAUUAUCUCCUUCUCCAGGGCGGAGCAUCAUCUUACACCUACACAGCUGGAAGCAAACAGAAAGUACACAGCUAUGAUGCAGCAGGUGUUAUCUACUCCAUACUUCUACUUCUCAUACACCUACGAUAUCAGUCAUUCUAGACAACGUCUAGACACUCUAGGAUCUAGAGAAUUCUAUCAGAAAUCAUUGUUUGAGAGAUCAGAUUCUAGAUUUGUUUGGAACAAACAUCUUCUCCAACCUUUCCUCUCCAACCCGAAAUUGCACUGUUAUGCUCUCCCUGUGAUCCAUGGGUUUGUGAGUAUAAACUCCUGUUCUAUCUCAGGACACAGGUUUAUCUGGUCGAUCAUAUCUAGACGGAGCACUGAGAGGGUUGGAACACGUCUGUUUGUCCGCGGAGCAGAUGAGAACGGAUUUGUAGCAAACUAUGUAGAAACGGAGCAAAUUGUUGAGGUUGGGACGGAUAUUGCUAGUUAUAUCCAUACUAGGGGAAGUAUCCCGCUCUUCUGGCAGCAGAGACCGAACCUGAAGUAUAAACCUCCCCCAACCCUGGAGCCUCAUCAACCUCAUGCAGAGGCAUUCAAUAAACAUUUCCAGGCUCAGGUCCCCCUGUAUGGACAGCAGGUUAUUGUAAACCUAAUUGAUCAAAAGAAAUCUGAAGGAAGACUGGAGACGAGUUUAAAGAUGAUUCACAAACAGGUGAACAACAAGGAUGUUUAUUACGAAGCUUUUGAUUUUCACAAGGAGUGCAGUAAGAUGAGGUGGGAUAGGUUGAGUAUACUGAUGGAUAGAUUAGCUCAGUAUGAAGAACAGUUUCAAUAUUUCCACUCUAGGAAUGGAACUCCACUGCUGAGACAGACUGGAGUAUUCCGAACCAACUGUAUAGAUUGUCUAGAUAGAACUAAUGUAGUUCAAUCCAUGUUGGCUCGAAGAAACUUGCAGGCAAUCCUGGUGAGGCUGGGUGUCCUUCCUGACAAUGCCAGGAUUGAAAAUCAGAUUUCUGUUGAACAACUCUUCAAGACAGUCUGGGCUGAUCAUGCAGAUAUGAUCAGUAUACAGUAUACUGGGACAGGAGCUUUGAAGACUGACUUCACGAGGACAGGACAAAGGACGAAGAUGGGAUUGUUGGAGGAUGGUCGGAGGUCGGCCAUCAGAUAUUUCAAGAAUAAUUUUGCAGACGGGUUUAGACAGGAUUCUAUGGAUCUUUUUGUCGGAAAUCAUGUUGUUUCUCCAACUGAAGGUGUUACCAAGGAGUCCCCAGUACUCCAGGAGAGGAAGGAUACAAGGUAUUUGGCCCUGCCCAUCGCUUUUGCUCUGUCACUCGCUAUGCUCGCACUAUCGCUGACUCUUCCAGCACAGUACUCCACAGAGAUCCUUCUUUCCAUCCUGUUCUGGACAGCUAUGCUGGGAGUUAGUAUUCAUACUCUACUGAAGAACGGUCCAGACUAUGUGGACCAACCUAAACUUAUUCAUCUUUCCAGGCAUCAGUCAUCCAGUCUUCAUUCAGCUUAGCUCUCAACCAGCACUUAUUUAGUUACCAUUCAUCCCUUCAACAAGACAUUUCUUACAGCAAUCAGCCAGCAAUUCCUACUUUCUACCCCUUUCCUCAUUUCAUUUUCUCAAAACUCUUUUACAUCUUUCAUUUUCAUUUCUUCAUCCGCAGUCUGCACCCAUCCACAUUUCAUUCAUCCCGUCCCAGUGAUUUCGUCUCCCGUACAAGAUAUUCAAGAUACAUCUAGGAAAAUUUUAAUCUGUCUCUCUAAAACAUGAUUAUCUGAAUUUCCUUCCUAGUAAUCCAGGUUUAUUUUAUCCAUUGAUCUUAACACCGUUAACUCCAUUCAACCUGGAUUCUAUUGGUUCGAUGGAUUCAUCGUAAUAUCUGGGCUUCUCUUAAUCCCUGGACUCCGUAAACUCCAUUCAACCUGGAUUCUAUGGGUUCGAUGGAUUCAACGUAAUAUCUGGGCUUCUCUUGAUCCCUGGACUCCGUGAACUCCAUUAAAAAUGGAUUUCAUAGACUCUUUAUGUCCUCUCCGUGAUCCCUUGACUUGCUGGGUUCCCUCGACUCCCUGGUCUCCAUGGAAUCCUUAGAAUCCUUUUGACUCCAGUGAGACUUUAGAGUCUAGUCGACCUGAUUAUAAAUCUAAUACGUAGCAUUACGUAGGAAUUGCGUAGAGCCUGUUAUUGAAAAGUUUAGAAUUAUUCUGCGUAACAAUUUUUUACUAGUAAAUAUAUUCAAGCCUCCAAUCAAAA